AUGGCGGGAGGAGAGGAGGUGAAGCUGCUGGGGAACUGGGCGAGCCCGUACGUGGCCAGGGCGAGGCUGGCGCUGCACCUCAAGGGCGUGCCCUACGAGUACAUCGAGGAGGACUUCGCCGACAAGAGCGACCUGCUCCUCCGCUCCAACCCCGUCCACAAGGCGGUGCCGGUGCCCAUCCACGGCGGCAAGCCCGUCUGCGAGUCCCGGGUCAUCGUGCAGUACGUCGACGAGGCCUUCUGUGACACCCGCCCGCCCCUACUCCCCGCCGACCCCCGCGAGCGCGCCGCCGCCCGCUUCUGGGCCGCCUUCGUGGACGACGAGCUGCUGGCGCCGUGGGGGAUGGUCAUGCGGUCGGGCACGGACGAGGAGAGGGCGGAGUGGACGCGGCGGACCGUCGCGGCGGUGGAUACGCUGGAGGGGGCCCUGGGGGAGCGCUCCGAGGGGUUCUUCGGCGGUGACCGCGUCGGGUACGUCGACGUCCUGCUCGGCGGCAUGGUCCCGUGGGUGCGCGUCACCGAGAGGCUCUCCGGCCACAACUUCUUUGAUGCCAGCAAGGCGCCGCUGCUGGCGGCGUGGAUGGAGUGCUUCGGCGAGCUGGACGCCUCCAGGGCCGUCUUCCAGGACGUCGACAGGCUAGUUGAGUACGCCGGGACGAUCCAGGCACGGCUUGCCGCCGAGGCUGGAACUGCCAGCAACUGA